CUCGGGGCUCUCCACAUCACUCAGCCUUUUCCAGUCAGGACUGUGAGUCGAGAACAUCUCCAACCUCCAAGGGGCCACGUUUCCUCCGCCAUGGAAUCGAAAAGCAUGAAGGAAGACUGGCGUCUCUACCAGAACACCCUGCUCCAGGACGGCCUGAAGGAGCUCCUCGACCAGAACAAGUUUGUGGACUGCAUCCUCAAAGUGGGAGACCGGAGCUUUCCCUGCCACAGAGUCAUCAUGGCGGCCUGCAGUCCGUAUUUCAGAGAACUCUACUUUACUGAAGAAGGCAAGGAGCUCGAGGGCGACAAAGAGGUAGUUCUGGAUAAUGUCGAACCUGCCGUCAUGGACAUGAUAAUCCGCUACUUGUAUUCAGCAGAGAUUGAGCUCACGGAUGAGAAUGUGCAGGACGUUUUCGUUGUGGCAAACCGCUUCCAGAUCCCCUCUGUUUUCACCGCCUGUGUGAACUACCUGCAGAAGAAGCUAUCCUUGGCUAACUGCCUGGGCAUUUUCAGGCUGGGGUUGGUGAUGAACUGCCCCCGAUUGGCAGUGGCCGCUCGAGACUACAUCACCGACCGCUUUGAGAUCUUGACCAAAGAAGAGGACUUUCUCCAGCUGGCUCCCCACGAGCUCUUCGCCAUCAUUGGCAGCGACUCUCUGAAUGUGGAGAAGGAGGAGGUGGUGUUCGAAUCGCUUAUGAAGUGGGUGAGGACCGACAAAGAGAAGCGGGUGAAGGCGCUGGGCGACGCCUUCGAGUGCGUCCGCUUCCGCCUGCUUCCCGAGCCCUACUUCAGGGAGAAGGUGGAGAAGGACGACAUCAUCAAGUCGGACCCCGAGCUCCUGAAGAAAGUCCAGGUCAUCAAGGACGCCUUUGCCGGCAAGCUCCCCGAGAAGAAAAAGAAGGAGAAGAAGAAGGGGGAGUCGGGAGAGGAGGUGAACGGGGAGGAGGAAGAGGAGGAUGACCUCCUGCCAGGCUACCUGAAUGACACUCGUAGGCUCGGCAUGUAUGCCAAAGACUUGGUCCUGAUGAUAAACGACACGGCAGCUGUUGCCUAUGACGCCAUUGAGAAUGAGUGCUUCCUCGCUGCGUUGGCCGAACAGAUUCCACGCAACCAUGUCAGCCUGACCACUAAAAAUAAUGCGCUGUACAUUGUUGGGGGUUUGUUUGUAGAUGAAGAGAACAAAGAGACACCCCUGCAAUGCUACUUCUACCAGCUGGACAGUCUGGCGGCUGACUGGAUCGCUCUCCCUCCCAUGCCUUCUCCCAGAUGUCUGUUUGGUCUGGGAGAUUGCGGAAACUUCAUCAUCACCGUGGCAGGGAAGGAUCUCCAAUCCAACGAGUCUCUCGAUUCUGUGUUGUGCUACGACAUCGAGAAAAUGAAAUGGACCGAGACUAAAAAGCUGCCCCUUCAGAUCCACGGCCAUUGUGUAGUCCACCAUAACGGGCUGGUGUACAGUAUUGGAGGAAAGACCGAUGACAACAAAACCCUCAACAAGAUGUUUGUCUACAACCACAAGAGGUUAGAGUGGAGGGAACUGGCAGCGAUGAAAACGGCCAGGGCGAUGUUUGGGGCCGUCGUUCACAACGGAAAGAUCAUAGUGUCGGGAGGAAUGAACGAGGACGGUCUCACGGCUUCAGCUGAAGUCUACGACAUCGCAAGCAACAAGUGGGAGCCAUUCACAGAGUUCCCCCAGGAGCGCAGCUCAGUAAACCUGGUGAGCAGUGAGGGGGUGCUGUACGCCGUGGGGGGCUUCGCCAUGGUGGAGAUGGAGAACAAGGAGUGCGCCCCGACAGAGGUCACCGACAUCUGGCAGUACGAGGAGGACAAAAAGCAGUGGACGGGGAUGCUGAGGGAGAUGCGCUUUGCAUCUGGGGCUUCCUGCGUCUCCAUGCGCCUCAACACGGCCAAGAUGCCCAAGCUCUGAACGCACAGCCUCUCGCCACCCGGCCACCUGAAACACUGAACGCUGGCUCAGCCUCUUAACUGAACAUCUCCUUUGGUACAUGUACACACUGGCAGACAAGUAGCAGCAUAACAGGGCCUCUGUAUUUAGCUGGUCUUUGGAACAAAAUUAACUAACCAAAAACAUUCACCUGCCUCACGAAUAGUUUUCUUUUUUUUUUUUUUUUUUUGAUCAAUUGUAAUUCUACCUGGGCUGUAGAUUUUCUUAAAAAAAAAUUUUCUUUGUAAAAACUAACCUCAGCCGUCCAACGUUCAAAGUUGUACAGCACAUUAUGAAUAUGAAACAUUCAAAAAUGUUAAUAUAUUGUAAUACCUGACUUUUUCAGAUCUCAGCAGUAUAACAGCACUGAUAACUUCUUUCAAACAUUUUAUUGUGAACAAUUUCAUUAUCAGACGAUUAUUAAAAAUUAUAUUAUGGUGCAAUGCCGUGGCAGCACCCUAUGGUAAUAGAAGCAGCACAAAGUCUGAUUGAAAAAUGUGAAAUGCAGUGCUUUGAGAUCUUAUUUUUUUACUAUUUUCAGUCAACUAAUGAAAACUUUGCAAGAGGUAACAGAAGUAUCAACUGCCAUUUGGGAAAACUGAACAAAGGGGGUUCAUUUUGUCUGUGUCAGAAUGGUGAGGUGCCAAAUCUCCAAGUGCCUUAUCCCAUUUUACUCUUACACUUUAAAAAACACCUUACUUGGGUUUCAGAUACGGAAUUGUGUACUCAUUCAAUUAAAUGCUCCAUAGUUCAGUACAAUCUCAUGUGAAACACAAUUAUACCAUUUUAAUAGGGACAGGUCACCACCACUGUGGAAUAGCUAAUAGAAUCUACUCUGUAAAUUAGUGAUCAGGAUUGAUGAAUUUAUCUUCUACAAUAAAAAAAACUGUAUUACAGCUGA